CGUUUUUCUGCCAAAUCAAUGGGCGAUGAUGCAAACGACUUGCUGCUCAUGUUCCAGAGCAUGGGCACGUCUGAUCACGACACGCUCCUGCAGCAGUUCCGGAUCAUACUGCCAGACGCCGACGAAGAGUCGUGCCGCUUCUUCCUCGAGGCAAACAACUGGUCGUUGCAGAGCGCCGUAGCGAGCUACUUUGACUCGGCGGGCAGCGGCGUCAUCACUCGCCAGCAGCAGAGCGACGCCGAGAUGGCCGCCAUCGAGCAUGGCGCGCAACGCGCAUUUCAAGGCAUGCACCUUGGCAACGGGUUUGACCACCCCGCGGGCGGCGCGUAUCCUCACCACGACGGCGCAGUGAUUGACGGCUAUCAGGCCCUUCAGCUUCAGCGUGCCUCGGAGAGCUCCGACGACGACGACGAAUCUCAAUACGAGGACAUUCCCGAUAGCGAGCUAUCCGGAAGUCGGCAGUUUGCCCCCAAGCAGCAGCGUCCAAGACCCGCGCUAACGGUUGUCAGCGAGCAAUCUGACGCCACUCAGGUUGCGUUAGCCGGUCAGCCGUUCGUUCGGCAGUGGAUUGUUCGGAAUUCAGGCUUGCAGGCGUGGCCACCAAACUGUCAAUUAAGAUUUGCCUCUGGCGAGCGCAUGGAAUUUUAUGGCGAUGCCAGUGGCGAUUAUCUCCCUGUCAUUGCGCCAGGGGAAGAAACUGUAGUAACAUUGCGUCUAAUUGCACCGGCUGUCGCUGGAGAGUAUGCCGCUGUUUGGCGAGCAGCCAUCAUCGACCAGCAGGUGGUGCAAGCUUCGCACGCCGCAAUGCACAGCAAUCCGUCGCAGGCCGCAGCAGUACACAGUGGUGGCUUUUCGGGAUUUGCACAACCUCGCUUCCAGUACCAUCCGGGGCAGGCGCCUCUUCAGCAAGCACACACAGAAGAGAGCGGCGGCGGCGCAAUGGACGACGGCUCGGGCGGACAGACGAUGAUGGACCCCGCAACGGAAAUUCGGCUACGCGUCAGCAUGUUUGGCGAGCCCAUGUGGUUGCUCUUGACUGUGCGGGAUCCGACGAGCGAGGCCGAGCUACUCGAAGAGCUGGACAUGUCUGCGUUGCAAUUUGGGAAUUCUCAGCAUCAGCAGCAGCAUCAGCAUCAGCAUCAGCAGCAUUCAUGAUUUUUGAUGCUGUGCAGUUUUUUGAUUGCCAUUCUCGGAAUCUGCCGCUGCUGGAGUGUCUGCUUGUCAUGGCUGUUGUCGCUUAUCAAUGUAG